GUUCAGCAUUCAUCUGUUUUCCUUUCAGUUUGAGCUAAAAUGAAGUUGACGACCAGAUGAGCCUGUACGGGCAAAAAAUUGUAAUUCUUAUUUGAAGCUGUAACAUUUCAACUACCACGUUUGGUUAGCAACGUCCUAGUUACAAGAUGAAUAACUGAGUCAUAACAGUUGCCAUAUGGAAGAGCGUCGCAUUUAAGUUUAAAGGUCGAUGACAAAAGCAUAACAAUAGCUCACACAAAUAGAUGGACGACCUCCUUGUGUGUUGAGUUGUGUCUUCCCGUUUAUUUGCUUCUAUUUUCUUGCGUUUCCAAGAUCAAUCGGACAUCUCUUGGAAACAGCAAAAUAUGUGUACGCGCUAAGGAAAUUUUUUUGGCAAUUGAUAACCGGAUUAGAGGAGAUUAUGAUUGUAUGAAACUGGAUCGUGUGGAACUUGCAGUUUCGAUCUGUGUACUUUAUCGUUGAUUGACAACAGCAGCGCGUAUACAAUAGAAAGUGUAAGAAACUUAUUUACGUAAUGGUAUUCUAGGUAUUCCAAAAAUGCAAUGCGAUUCGGAGCUCUGACAUCUAAUGCGACUCAAAGCUGAAAUCAAAGAGGCUAUUACCGAGCCAUAGCCUAGAUUAAUUGAAUUAUUAUGCCUCCCUUGAAGCCGGUUGCUGACGUCCAAAAUUGUUAUUAAACAUGCGAACUUUGUUUUUUAUUUCGAGUACGUUUGCUCCAAGAGCAGUCCAUUUGACAACGAAAACUUCCUUUUUCAAUCUUCAUGUACUUGAUUGAUGUUUGUGUAUCGAUCAUAUGUCAAAACUGUCAGCAAUAAAACCAGAGCUAAAUUAAUGCAUUAAUGUCAUGCAAAAAUGCGUUAACAACAUACAGGAUUAAAACUUAAUUGAUGUCAAGUUCUGAUUCUCUGAUGAUUCGAAAAUACAGGAUUUGGUGUGCAACUGUUAAAAAGAAUUAUGUUUGAUUUGAUUUGUUCUUACACUUUUUUUUUGGUCAAAACAUUUAUGACUAUGUAAUCAGUUUAUGUUAAGUUGAUCAUAGCUAUUUUGUUAUGCAGUACAUUAUACAUGCAUUUAUGUAUUUCAGAAUUUUACCAUCAAUAAGCACAUACGAAGAGGUUUAUUGCCUGCACAAUUGCUGUAUGCAUAAAACUUCAAACAGACACAUAAAUAAUCUCACAAAGAAAGCGCAAAAACUUGAAAGAGAUUUAUGAACUGUAACGAUGAAAUAAGAUGCGAGAAACAAAUUAUAUGAAAAAUUCUCAUCCCAAGUUGCGCUUCCACUAUUGUGUUAUGUUUGUGGACCCAUCAAUUGCCAUGGCGUCUUAGCUUACAAUGAGUAAAGCAGAUUAUCUUGAUUAGCAGAUCAUCGCCCUCUCGAAACGCUGGCAAAAAAUGAUAAAGUCGCGGGCACACGCACUGCUAUAAAUUGCGAAAGAAGCGCGUAACAGCCAGUAUGGAGUUUGCGCUGCAACAGUUGAACAAUGAAGAUUGCGCUACCGAGAAUGGACUCUUUAGUUCAUAAUACAAUAUUCAAUUCGAUCGAUCCACUUGAAGUGUUCUCUCAAAUACCCUUUGAGUGUAACCAGAAAAUUGUAAGGACACCUGGAAAAACGAACAAGAAUGAAAAGCAGGAACGUUCAAAGCAAAGAGAAAAGAAAAAAAGCAUGCUGAAUGGUGUAAGCCGACAACGUCGGGCAGCCAAUGAUAGAGAGCGUCGCCGUAACGUGCGAUUAAACCAGGCAUUUGUAACAUUAAAGAAAGCCCUGCCUUUGGCGAAUAUAGACAUCUCAAAGAUUGAGAUUUUGCGCUUGGCCGUGAAAUGGAUUGAUCAUCUCACAACACUUUUAAAAGAUUAUGAACAACAUCGUGAUUUAUUGACUUUGAAGCACUCGUGUUCAGGGGAAUACAUAACAGAUUCUCAAAAUGGAAAGUCGAACCAUACGAGAUAUGAUUGUCUUUAUCAUCAAGACCCUGAUCUUAAAAACACACUUUGGGAGGAUUGCAUUGGUUUACCAAAACGAUCUUGUGAUGACAACGACGGCUGCAUACAUAUACGAAGCAGUUCCCGUUUCCAUGAGCUGUUCUCAUGACAACCGCCGUCGGUGAAAAUAACUACAUGUAUACACACAUACUGUCGUCAUGACAACAUAAAAAUUGUUUAUUUGAGACGUUAAUUUGAACAAAGAUCAAGUGUGUAGUAGUGAGAUAUAUUACGGUGCAGUUUAGUAUAUAUGUCAGUACAUAUAAAAAUAUGAUUAUAUAGCUGUAUUUAUAGCAGUGUAUAGUAAUAUAUAUAUUAUAUAACAUGACUCGCGAUGGUAUUUCGUGGAAUUACCCUCGCUCUGUUCCGUUUGUGUGUAUAAAUGAUAAGUAUGUUUAGUAGUAUAUAUCAUGACAUACGACUAUACACUACCAUACGCUACAUAAAAUACCACAGUUAAUAGUAGUAUCUGUGGUAGAUAUAGGUUAUGGUAAUAUACAAUGGUAGCUAUAAAGUGGUUUCAUAGUAGUAUAUACCACGAUAUACGACUUAAAACUACCAUAUGAUACAUAAAAUACCAUAGUGAAUAGUAGUAUGUGUGGUAUAUAUAAGAUAUGGUAGUAUACAAUGGUAUAAAGUGGUUUCAUAGUAGUGUAUACCACGAUAUACGACUAAAAACUACCAUAUGCUACAUAAAAUGCCGUAGUGAAUAGUAGUAUGAGUGGUAUAUAUAAGAUACGGUAGUAUACAAUGGUAUAAAGUGGUUUCAUAGUAGUGUAUACCGCUAUAUACGACUGAAAACUACCAUAUGCUACUAAAAUACCAUAGUUAAUAGUAGUAUGAGUGGUAUAUAUAAGAUACGGUGAUAUACAAUGGUAUAAAGUGGUUUCAUAUUAGUAUAUAUAAAGCAGCGUGUAAAAUAACAUGAAUUUUAGUAGGAGUGUCUAUUGAUCCUUUUUAGGUGAGACAAUACAGUGUAUUUGACGAAUGUAUUUGGGUAGCAAAAAGUACUCUGCUAAUUGCUUUUUUAUGCAACGCCGACUUUUGAAUAAAACAAAAGAAAGGAAUUUUACAGAAGUUCA